GGAGCCGUGCGGCGGCGCGGGCGGGUGGCCGUCGGGGCAGGGCGGCGGCGGCGGCAGCGGCGGCGGCGGCGGCGGCUGAGGAGGGCCCGGCCUGCGAGAGCCUCGGUGGGAGCCGGCUCGGCCCUCGGCCACCAUGUCGGCGCCGUCGGAGGAAGAGGAGUACGCGCGGCUGGUGAUGGAGGCGCAGCCGGAGUGGCUGCGCGCCGAGGUGAAGCGGCUAUCCCACGAGCUGGCAGAGACCACGCGUGAGAAGAUCCAGGCGGCCGAGUACGGGCUGGCGGUGCUCGAGGAGAAGCACCAGCUCAAGCUGCAGUUCGAGGAGCUGGAGGUGGACUAUGAGGCUAUCCGCAGCGAGAUGGAGCAGCUCAAGGAGGCCUUUGGACAGGCACACACGAACCACAAGAAGGUGGCUGCUGAUGGAGAGAGCCGGGAGGAGAGCCUGAUCCAAGAGUCAGCCUCCAAGGAGCAGUACUACGUGCGGAAGGUGCUAGAGCUGCAGACGGAGCUGAAACAGUUGCGCAAUGUCCUCACCAACACACAGUCGGAGAAUGAGCGCCUGGCCUCGGUGGCCCAGGAGCUGAAGGAGAUCAACCAGAAUGUGGAGAUCCAGCGUGGCCGCCUGCGGGAUGACAUCAAGGAGUACAAAUUCCGGGAAGCUCGCCUGCUGCAGGACUACUCGGAGCUGGAGGAGGAGAACAUCAGCCUGCAGAAGCAAGUUUCUGUGCUCAGACAGAACCAGGUGGAGUUUGAGGGCCUCAAGCAUGAGAUCAAGCGUCUGGAGGAGGAGACUGAGUACCUCAACAGCCAGCUGGAGGAUGCCAUCCGCCUCAAGGAGAUCUCGGAGCGGCAGCUGGAGGAGGCGCUGGAGACGCUGAAGACGGAGCGCGAGCAGAAGAACAGUCUGCGCAAGGAGCUGUCACACUACAUGAGCAUCAAUGACUCCUUCUACACCAGCCACCUGCAUGUCUCGCUGGACGGCCUCAAGUUCAGUGACGACGCUGCUGAGCCCAACAAUGAUGCCGAGGCCCUGGUCAACGGCUUUGAGCACGGCAGCCUGGCCAAACUGCCCCUGGACAACAAGACCUCCACACCCAAGAAGGAGGGCCUGGCACCGCCCUCCCCCAGCCUCGUCUCCGACCUGCUCAGCGAGCUCAACAUCUCCGAGAUCCAGAAGCUGAAGCAGCAGCUGAUGCAGAUGGAGCGGGAAAAGGCGGGCCUGCUGGCGACGCUGCAGGACACGCAGAAACAGUUGGAGCACACGCGGGGAUCCCUGUCAGAGCAGCAGGAGAAGGUGACCCGCCUCACAGAGAAUCUGAGUGCCCUGCGGCGCCUGCAGGCUGGCAAGGAGCGGCAGACGGCCCUGGACAAUGAGAAGGACCGUGAUAGUCAUGAGGACGGCGACUACUACGAGGUGGACAUCAAUGGGCCCGAGAUCCUGGCCUGCAAGUACCAUGUGGCUGUGGCUGAGGCUGGCGAGCUCCGCGAGCAGCUCAAGGCACUGCGCAGCACACAUGAGGCUCGUGAGGCCCAGCAUGCUGAGGAGAAGGGCCGCUACGAGGCUGAGGGCCAGGCGCUCACGGAGAAGGUCUCCCUGCUAGAGAAGGCCAGCCACCAGGACCGUGAGCUGCUGGCCCGGCUGGAGAAGGAGCUGAAGAAGGUGAGCGACGUUGCCGGUGAGACGCAGGGCAGCCUGAGUGUGGCCCAGGAUGAGCUGGUGACCUUUAGUGAGGAGCUGGCCAAUCUCUACCACCAUGUGUGCAUGUGCAACAAUGAGACGCCCAACCGUGUCAUGCUGGACUACUACCGCGAGGGCCAGGGCGGGGCCGGCACCAGCCCUGGGGGCCGCACUAGUCCUGAAGGGCGUGGCCGCCGCUCACCCAUCCUCUUACCCAAGGGGCUGCUGGCUCCUGAGACUGGCCGAGCAGACAGCGGGACCGGGGACAGCAGCCCCUCACCUGGCUCCUCACUGCCAUCACCCCUGAGUGACCCACGUCGGGAGCCUAUGAAUAUCUACAACCUGAUCGCUAUCAUCCGUGACCAGAUCAAGCAUCUACAGGCAGCCGUGGACCGCACCACGGAGCUGUCACGCCAGCGCAUUGCCUCGCAAGAGCUGGGCCCCGCCGUGGACAAAGACAAGGAGGCACUCAUGGAGGAGAUCCUCAAGCUGAAGUCACUGCUCAGCACUAAGCGGGAGCAGAUCACCACACUGCGCACCGUGCUCAAAGCCAACAAGCAGACGGCCGAGGUGGCCCUUGCCAACCUGAAGAGCAAGUAUGAAAAUGAGAAGGCCAUGGUUACCGAGACCAUGAUGAAGCUGCGCAACGAGCUCAAGGCCCUCAAGGAGGACGCGGCCACCUUCUCCUCGCUGCGCGCCAUGUUUGCCACCAGGUGUGACGAGUAUAUCACACAGCUGGAUGAGAUGCAGCGGCAGCUGGCGGCCGCCGAGGAUGAGAAGAAGACGCUGAACUCGCUGCUGCGCAUGGCCAUCCAGCAGAAGCUGGCGCUGACCCAGCGGUUGGAGCUGCUCGAGCUGGACCAUGAGCAGACCCGGCGUGGCCGUGCCAAAGCUGCUCCGAAGGCCAAGCCAGCCACCCCGAGCGUAAGUCACACCUGCGCCUGUGCCAGCGACAGGGCCGAGGGCACUGGGCUGGCCAACCAGGUGUUCUGCAGCGAGAAGCACAGCAUUUACUGUGAUUAGGGGCUGUGGGGCGCCGCACGCUGCAGCUAACAUCUGCUUCACCUCAACUAACCCAGCAGCAGUGGGACAGCGGCGCUAGGUCAAUCUUAACGUGACUAAUGCACAGAGGGCAGGAUUCUAGCCUAGACGCCAUGGGGCAUGUGCAUCAGCAGGACACUUGUGAGAGCUUUGUGUUGCUUCUCACUCCUUGAAACCCCCUCAGGAGCAGCCAGUCCUCGGCUGCUCUCCUAGGUGGGGGUCACAAGUGGGGAUGGAGCUACACAUUUUUGGAGCAGACAUGUGAUGAAAGCAUCUUCUAAGCCCUGGGCACGCUUGGGGAAACCCAAGGGAAGGAAUCCUAGUCCUGCUCCCUCGGCACUCGAAAGGGGCAGAACCUGAGUUGAAACUUGCAUGUUCCUCGCAUGUGUCUAACGUCAGCACUAGAAAGCAGUUUUAGGAGGUUCUAGCCUGAAUCAUAGGUACGACCUCAGAGGAUGGCUCUGCACUUGGCAUAGUUUCAUGGAAAGAAUUACAUUGUAAUUUAUGCGGUACCUCACUGCAAAUCAUAUUCAGGACGGAAGUGCAGAAUUUCUUCCCCAAGCCCCGAGAAGAGCAGCCCUGAGCCCCUGUAUUCUGCUGGCCAGACUCACAUGGCACAGACACAGUUGACCAUAACCCAGGAAUCCAGAGCUCGGUUUGUCAUUUCUGAGAUCAGCAUGCUUGUCUAGUGGCCUGUGAGGUGACAGAUUAGCAGGGCCCAAGGCCCCAGGUGUUCUUUUUUCAUGAGAAAAGCUUUCCAAGUGCCUGGCCAGAUCUUGGUCCUCAGUGCAGAGCCCGUCCUUUUGUAUUUGGGGAGACCACUGCAGCCAGUUGUCAGGCCUUCCUUAGAGGGUUCAGUCUCAAAGACGUGGGGCUUUGAAAACCCUAACCUGAAGUCUGAACCACUGGGGACUUGGCUGGAUUGGACACCCAGAGUAGUAGCCAGAGCCCGGCCCUGUGCUGGGAAAGCUUUGCAUGGGGCCAAGGCCAGUUGUCAGGAUUCGCAGGUAGGAGAUUGUAGGUGUCUUUAUUUAGUGCAAUUUGGGGGAUGGCAACAGAGAAAGAGGAAAAGUAGCCAUAGGGCUCUCCCAUUUCCAGAGGUUCCAUCCACGCCAGAGCUUUGGCAUCAGGCUGCCUGCCUUUCCACAUUGUGAAGCAGAACUUUUCUCAGUAUUUUUCUCCUGAUCACCCUGUGGGCCCAGCUGGACCUGAGGCUGCAGUCUUCUCUCCUGCUGGCUGCUUGCCUUGUCUCAUGCGGAAGGGGCAUUUGAGUUACCUGGUGAGAGACCAUGUUGCCCCCUCCCACAGCUGUCUGCCUUGUGUGGUCUUCCCUUUGGUGCCGAUUAUGUCUUGGUCCCCUCCAGACUCCAGGACAGGUCCAUGUAUGUCCCCUGCGUGUUCAUCCUGGGCCCAGAUCCCCCUUCCCCAGCAGGACUGGCAGUGGGAUGGCUGCCAGCAUGCCCACCCUGCACGCGCUUUGCCCUCUCCUUGCGAGCCUGGCAUACAGCUUCUCUCCAUACUCCUAAGGGGCUUUGCGGACACUCAAGCCACUGGGCCCCUCCUAACACAUGCAGGUCUUCUCUUCUGCCAACUAACGUGCUCGUGCCCUCCCAGCACGUGGAGAGCUUCGGUUGUCAGAUGAACAGGAAGCGACAGAUGACCGCUUUCUAAUGCUCUCUUUUCUCCUGUUUUCAGCUGUAGAGUAGCUGCCAGGAGGACUUGGCCACCCGGCCCUGUCACACUGCAGCCCCCUCCCCUUCCCUCUCGUGACCCACAAGGAGGAAGGAAGGGCAACCUAAAAGCCCACUUAGAAACUUUUUGGAUAUGCCACUGCAAUUCUUUUCAAAAUAGCAUUCCCCAAGUUUUUAAUGGGAGGAAAAAAAGCUUUAAUGUUGAGCAUGCCGCGAGCUGCUGCGUGGAAAGGCCUCUGUACAGGCCGAAGACCCUUCUUCCCCGGCUGCCAGGCUUGCCAGGAGCCUGCUGGAAACACCCACCACGCGGGCUCCUUGUUACACAUGUUCUUUUUUUAUCCGAUCAACCUGUGCACUUUUGAUAUUAUAUUUGCUUCCUUAAUUCCUCGCGUAGAGACGGUCGCAGGUGCCGUGGUCUAUGCUAUAGCUGUCUGCCUCAGCUCCCACCGUGUUGGUCUGGUGUCAGCACGAGGCAGAGCUGUGUGCUCCGUAGUGUGUAGCUUUAGACUCAGAGAUGGGGGCUUUGACCCAGCGAGGAGCUCUGCUAAGUGUAUCCACGCUGUGGUUCAGCAGCCUUUAGAUCAUACGGUAUUGUGGUUCAUGUUUGAAAUUACAGAUUUUAAAUGCCAUGUUCAUUAAGAAAUCCAGGGUAUUCAGAUUCUGGGGUUUUUCAUAUUGUAUUAUUAUUAUUCUUAGGAAUAGUUCAAUGUAACAAGAAGAAAACUUGACCUUUGCUCUGGUUAAAACAGUAAUAGGCACUUGAAAAAAAAAAAAGAUAAAUUAUUGAAUGAGUAGUAUUACCUACAAAUUCCAGAAUUUUCUGGGUUUUAGGACAUUGUGAAGCAUGACUGAUUAACAGAAUUUUAUACAACUGUACCAAUAAAAUUCCAAAUUGGAAUUGUUUUGUUACUCUGGUUGUUGUGCCAAAUUGUGGUACACUUAGAAAAUUCUACAGUUGUCGAUUUUUAGGGUGUUCUCUUUCAACACCUUUUUGUUAGUAAUCAUUACCAGUAGUGCCUUCAUCAGUUAAGGGAGGUGUCCCAGUGCAGAUCAUUCUCGAAAGUGAGCAGGGAGGAGCUAAUGGGCAUGCUGAAGGCCAGCGUGGACAGCAGGUGAGGCAGGCGCUCCUCACACCCAGACCUGGGCAUCUUCAUUGAGGGAAAGAACACAGUCAUUGUGCAAAAUUCUGUUAGUCAGUGAUUCUUUACUUGCAAAUUCAGGGGCUUAGAAAAUGAAAGCAAACACAAAACCUUGAGUGUGCUUUGGGAACCAAAUGGACCUUUUGGGACAAGCUGAGCAAGCUGUAUGAACGCCACGUUUGUGAAGAGCUGAAGGUGUCAGGAGGGCCGACGCUCUGUUGGCAUGUGCAGUAGGGGAUGAGGGUUAGCCAUAGUAUUCUUUACAAAUGUGAAAGCGAGACAUUAUAUCGUCUCUUGCUUGGUGUAACUAAUCACUGUUAAUUUCAGGAAACAGAACUCAUUAAAACUCCUUAGCAAACCAGGUCUACAUCCUGUUUUGUUUGCUGAGUGAGGUUCGUGGGAGUGGUCAAAUUGGUACUCUUGGAGGAAGAAAAACUGUCCUUCCUUCUCCAAAAAAGGAAAAAUUAUAAUAAUAUAAAUGAGAAAAAUAAAAGAAUUCUGUUUCCUGGAAUAAGCAUUUCUUAUUCCUAGUUGUAGGGACUCCUAUUUUUACCUUCCGUUACAGUGUUGAUUCAUAAGAAAUAUUGUUACAUUUGAGAUAACUUCAUCUGUAUGGGGUAUUUAUUUGCAAUGAUGUCUGAGUACUGUAUUUUUUCUGUGCAUUACCUUAGUGUCAGAAUGUUGGUCUUUAUUUUAAAGUCAUAUGCAUGUUCUCCUGCCAAGGAACCUUUACACAGACCCAAACAAAAAAAUAGUAAUAAUCAAAUGCCUUCAGUUUCUGAGAAAAUGAGGCAGAGCAUGGAAAAGAAUAGGAAGGGGAAAUUAAUUGAGAUUUUCAGGACACAGACAUAUGACAUAUUCCUAUGCGGCAAAGCCAGUGCGCAUAGGAACAGUGGGCCUGGGUAAAGAGUCACAUUGGUAGGACCAAUAAAGAAUAAUAAAAAGACAAAGCACA